UAAAUUUAAGACAGUUGUUAAUAGUUGUCCGUUGUACGACUGGUAAUCCGGAUUUUGUAAAACAUAUUUUAUUUCAAAGUUUCAAGAAUAUAGCGACAAAACACGGGGAAAUAAUAAUAGAAUAAAUUCGUUAUUAAUUAAAAUAUAUAAAAGUGGAAAGAACCGAAGAAUUAAAUCACAAACAGUAUAAAUGCGAAAUAUGUAUCGUUUUAAGAUGCUACCGAAUCUAACAAAUAAUCAACAUCGAGUGAACGAUAAUACUAUUGUUUCAAUUUUAAGUCGGGAUUUAUAUUUUUAUUAAGUUUAUAGCCCGUUGUUAUAAGAGAUAUUAAAUAUCUAAAAAAAUAAUGCAGAUUACUUAUCGUUGGAAUCUUGUUAUUAGAAACAUAUGACCUGUUAACAUUUUUAAAAUGCGACCAAAAUUUGAUAGUUCUUUUCGUACGUAAGUGCUUUAUCAACGUAUGUAUUCAUAGUCCAUCGAAAUAUAAUAUUUUUAAUACUUGUGACGUUAAAAAUUAAUAAUUAUGCACGAUAAAUUGACAGUAAUUAAUUUUCGCAUAUGUAUAAGUGAAUAGUACUUUCAAAGUAGGAAUCAUGUCAGAAAAAUCAGUUUCUCCAGAUUUUGUUACACAAAAUCAGCCUAGAAAAGUUAAAAAAUUUCAUCACAAGAAUAGUAAAAACAAAAAUAGAAAAACAUCUAAGAGGGAAACUUCUAACGAACAACCAGUGCUUGUUGAUGAUGAAAAGGGAAAGGAAGAGGAAAAUAAAAAAGAAAUCAAAGGUCAGAGAGCUAAAGUCCCAAAACAAAAAGAUACAUUUCCACGACAUAUUCCUGAGAAAGAAAUUGACAAACUUUUAAGAAAUGAAAAUUCCAAUGAAACACAAUACAUAGAAGGACAGUUACGUGUCAAUCCCUGGAGACGUGAAUAUGCUUAUUUAUCUUUCUCUGAUGAUGAAUGCGAUCUAUUAAUCAUUGGCUUAAGGGAUAGAAAUCGAGCUUUUGAUGGUGAUUUUGUUGUAGCACGUAUAAAUCAGCCAGAAAAAUGGAAAAUGCAUCAAGGAUACGAGCAAAAAACAGGUGUCAUUGUUUGUAUACGAGAGAAAAUACAUCCAAGAAAAACAAUUGGGUACUUCAAACAAAAUGGUGAAAUUUUUUAUCCCAGAGAUCGUCGUGUACCAUUAGUUAAGAUAAGUAAGAAAUCCUUGCAACAAUUUGGUGUGUGUCAAAAUUAUAAAGACAUAUUAUAUUUGGUUGUUAUAACUGACUGGACAAAGCCAAAGUUUGCAGUUGGGCAAAUUGAAAAAAUAAUUGGAAGUAUUGGCGAUAUAAAAGCAGAAUCAAAUUCAAUAUUACUUGAAUAUGAUUUAGAUGUUACACCUUAUAGUCUAGAUGUAACGAAGGAGCUUCCAAGUAGUGACUAUUCUUUAACAGAAAAUGAUAUUAAAGACAGAGAGGACUGGAAAGAUGAAUGUAUAUUUACUAUCGAUCCUGAUACUGCUGUUGACUUAGAUGACUCAGUAUCUUGCAAACCUUUGGAAAAUGGAAAUUAUGAAAUUGGUGUGCAUAUAUCAGAUGUUACUCAUUAUGUGGAAUUCUUAUCUCCAUUGGAUAUUCAAGUUUCAAAACGAGCUACAACUAUAUAUAUGGCAGAUAACGUAUAUCACAUGUUACCAAAAGAAUUAUGUCAACUAUGUUCUUUGUCACCUGGUCAAGAUAAAUUGGCUUUUUCUGUUAUUUGGGAAAUGACGCAAGAUGCAAAAGUUGUUAAACAUCGUUUUGCUAAAACUGUAAUAAGAUCAUGCUGUCAAAUGUCUUACCAGCAUGUUCAGAAAAUGAUUGAAAAUCCAGAAUAUAAUUGGCCAGAUGACUCUAUAUAUAUAGAUGGAAAUUACAAGCUUAGUGAUUUGUCAAUAAAAGUAAACAUUUUACACAAUUUAGCUGUUCAAAUGCGUAAGAGAAGAUUUCAAAAUGGUGCGCUACAAAUAAAUCAACCAAAAUUAUAUGUCAGCGUUGAUAGAAUUACGGGUUUACCAGUAUCGUACAAUAUAGAAGAACAGCAAGAUAGUAACAGACUUAUAGAAGAGUUUAUGUUGUUAGCUAAUAUGACAGUUGCUACGCACUUAUACAAUGUAAUUCCGGAGACUGCUUUAUUACGCAACCAUAGAGAGCCCUCAAAACAUAUUCUCAGUACGACGCAAGAUAUGCUGCAAAAAUUUGGCAUUCAUUUAGACAUUGAAUCGUCUACAUCUUUGCAUACUAGUAUGAAACGUUGUGAAGAAGGAUUAGAAACUGAAGACGAUGAAAGAAGAAUAAUAAUGAAAUAUAGGAUGAUGGUUAUCAACAGUCUUUGUUCCAGAGCUAUGGCUCGAGCUACCUACAUAUGUUCGUCUACAGUGAAAGCAGAGGAGGAAUUGAGACAUUAUGCUUUAAACAUAUCGCUUUAUACGCAUUUUACGUCCCCAAUUAGACGAUAUUCCGAUUGUGUUGUACACCGUUUACUUUAUUCAACUUUAAGAAAUGUGGACAUGCCUAAAGAAUGGUCUAAAAAACUUUGCAAAUCAAUAGCGGCAAAUUGUAAUAUAAAGAAAUAUAGUGCGAAAAUGGCACAAGAGCGAAGUAACGAAUUGUACUUUACGUAUUUGAUAGAUUUAAAGGGUCCUAUUGUUACAAUGGGUAUCGUGUCGAGUGUACAUGAAAGUUUUAUAACUAUUAUAUUGUGUCAUCUUGGUAUAAAAUUAAGGGUUUCCUUCACGCACUUAGAAAAUUUGGCACUCAUCGAAUAUUCUUCGGAAUGUUCCCUUCCAACGAUAAACAUCUCUUGGAAACAAUCUGCUAUUACUCAGGUAAUAAAUGUUUUUACUUUAUUGCAUUUGAGAGUUGAAAAGCAUCCUGAAUCUUUUCAAUUAAUUGGCAUUCUUUUACCACCGACUGAGGAAACAAAAAUAUAAUGGUAUUUUGCUGUAAAUUAAAUUUGAAGACGAUCAUUAUAAGAAUAUUUAUAUAUAUUAUAUAUUUAUAUAUAUAUGUACAUUAUUUUAUUAUACAUUUAUAUAUUGUAC